UAAUCGUGUCCUAAGCUUGGUUCAAGAAUUUGACAGUUGUGUCGAAGAGUAGUUCGGGAGUGUCUGUUAUAAUAUCUGCCGAAAAUCUUUAAUCUUAAAGCACUAUGUCUACCUACUUCCAAUACCCGACUCCCGAAGUGCAGGAGGAGCUGAAGAAGAUUGCGCAAGCGAUCGUAGCUCCUGGCAAGGGUAUCCUUGCUGCUGAUGAGUCUACUGGUACGAUGGGCAAGCGUCUCCAGGACAUUGGAGUUGAGAACACCGAGGAAAAUCGCCGCAAGUACCGCCAGAUGCUCUUCAGCACCGACCCCGCGGUGUCUGAGAACAUCUCGGGCGUGAUCCUGUUCCACGAGACGUUGUACCAGAAGGCGGACGAUGGUACUCCGCUGGUCUCGCUGCUGGAGAAGCGCGGCAUCAUCCCCGGCAUCAAGGUCGACAAGGGUGUGGUCCCGUUGUUCGGAUCCGAGGAUGAGUGCACCACACAAGGUCUUGAUGAUCUGGCGCAGCGCUGCGCUCAAUACAAGAAGGACGGUUGUCACUUCGCUAAAUGGCGUUGCGUGCUGAAGAUUGGUCGCAACACUCCCUCGUACCAGGCAAUCAUGGAGAACGCUAAUGUGCUCGCUCGUUACGCCUCUAUCUGUCAGAGCCAGCGCAUUGUACCCAUUGUGGAGCCUGAGGUGCUGCCUGACGGUGAGCAUGACUUGGAUCGCGCCCAGAAGGUGACAGAGAUUGUGCUGGCGGCCGUGUACAAGGCGUUGAGCGAUCAUCACGUCUUCCUUGAGGGUACACUGCUCAAACCCAACAUGGUGACAGCGGGUCAGUCGUGCAAGAAGACAUACACGCCAAUGGACAUCGGCCGUGCUACCGUCACCGCGUUACUUCGCACUGUGCCAGCUGCUGUUCCCGGUAUCACAUUCCUCUCCGGUGGUCAAUCAGAAGAGGAGGCGUCCGUUAACCUGAAUGCCAUCAACUCUGUGGACUUGAAGAAGCCUUGGGCUCUGACCUUCAGCUAUGGUCGUGCUCUGCAGGCUUCGGUGCUUCGUGCAUGGGGCGGCAAGCCAGAGAAUGUGCCUGUUGGUCAGCAGGAGUUGCUCAAGAGAGCCAAGGCGAACGGGCUGGCGGCCAGCGGGAAGUACGUCGCCGGAUCUAUUCCAUCUCUCGCAGCUUCCAAAUCUAAUUUCGCUAACGGACAGGCGUCGCAGGGCAAAUACGUUGCUGGAUCAGUUACAGGUGUGGGCGCCGAAGCCGGUCUUUUUGUUGCCAACCACGCAUACUAAACAUUACAGACACAAUAAAGCUGCUUUUUACACUGGCAGGAAAUAGUCAUUGACACAAAAAAACUAUACUGGCCAGAGACAAUUUGGUCUUAGAAUUCUAAAUUAAAAAAAGUUUGAUCGAACUCUUUGGUUUAAAAAUGUAGCGGUCAAUCACAAUGUCAUGUUUUGUUUUUUUAAAUACGUAAUGAUUUCAGCCAGCUUUAUACACUAAUUAUUUUACUUUAUACAAAAGACACAAAUAACUUGGUUUAAAAUAUAACAU